AUGAGUUUCUUUUCCUAUCUAAGUCAUUUGUAUCUGCUAGCUUUACUUGUGUUUUUCAAAUGCAUGUUUCCCUUUGCAGAUUCAGCCACUCUUAGCAUUGAAACUGAUAAGGAGGCUUUGAUCUUAUUCAAGUCUCAAAUAAGCCAACAAUCUCUGAACCCAUUGUCUUCAUGGGAUCAGAAUAGUUCUCCUUGCAACUGGACAGGAGUUUCCUGCAACAGCCACAGAGUGGUUGGCCUCAAUCUUCCCAGCUUGGGACUUGAUGGGUCAAUUAGUCCUCAUAUUGGUAAUCUCUCUUUUCUUCGCUCACUCCAACUUCAAAACAAUAAGCUUACUGGAACACUUCCUUAUCAAAUUUGCAAUCUUUUUCGCCUAAGAAUUCUGAACAUUAGUUCCAACAGCUUGCAAGGUUUGAUACCAUCAAACAUGAGCAGAUUGGCUGAGCUCAGGGUACUUGACUUGUCAAUGAAUAAGAUUACAGGAAAAAUUCCUGAAGAACUCAGCUUUCUCACCAAGCUCCAAGUUUUGAACUUCGGUCGAAAUCUUUUUUCGGGUGGAAUUCCAUCAUCAAUAGGAAACAUUUCAUCCCUUGAGGAUUUGAUUGUAGGCACCAAUACACUUAGUGGCCCAAUUCCUAGUGACUUGAGUCGCCUUCAGAACCUGAAGGUUCUUGAUCUCACGAUAAAUAAUCUCACAGGUACUGUCCCUUCCACCAUUUACAACAUGUCUUCCCUAGUGUAUUUGGCCUUAGCUUCAAACCAGCUGUGGGGGAAAAUUCCUUUUGAUGUUGGGGAAAAGCUCCCUAAUCUUCUAGGCUUCAAUUUUUGCUUUAAUAAGUUCACUGGAACUAUUCCUGGGUCUUUGCACAAUCUCACAAAUAUUCAAAUCAUCAGAAUGGCAUAUAACCUUUUAGAAGGGACGGUGCCACCAGGUCUUGGAAAUCUUCCAUUCCUGGAAAUGUACAAUAUUGGUUUCAACAAGAUUGUUAGUUCUGGUGACAAUGGUCUUGGAUUCAUCACUUCUUUAACGAACAGUACCCGCCUUAAAUUCCUUGCCUUCGAUGGCAACCUUCUGCAGGGUAUAAUUCCUGAAUCUAUUGGCAACCUUUCCAAAGUUCUUCAAAAAUUGUACAUGGGAGGCAACAACUUUUAUGGUACCAUACCAGCUUCAAUCGGUAAUCUUAGUAGCUUGACCUUGCUAAAUUUAAGCUAUAACGCGAUUACUGGUGAAAUCCCAGUUGAAAUUGGCAAAUUAGAGAACUUGCAAAUGUUGGGCUUGGCGGGAAAUAGGAUAUUUGGUAGGAUUCCAGAUUCCUUAGGCAAUCUUCAAAAGUUGAAUAAAAUUGAUUUAUCAGGAAAUGAAUUGGUAGGUGGAAUAUCCACUGCUUUUGGGAAUUUGCAUAGUGUGCUUUCACUAGACUUAUCUAACAAUAAGCUAAAUGGAAGCAUACCUAAAGAAGUUCUUAAUCUCCCAAGCUUAACCACCAUCUUCAAUCUCUCCAACAACUUCCUAAGUGGGAAUUUGCCCCAGGAAAUUGGGUCCCUAGAAAGUAUUGUUGCCAUUGAUCUCUCUAACAACCGCUUAUCUGGCAAUAUUCCAAACAUGAUAAAAAACUGCAAGAGCUUGGAGGAAUUAUACAUUGCCAGAAAUACAUUCUCAGGCCCUAUUCCGGGCACUUUGGGAGAAGUAAAGGGCUUGGGAACUUUAGACCUCUCCUAUAACAAUCUUUCUGGCUUCAUUCCUCCUGACCUCCAAAAACUACAGGCUCUUGAAUCCCUGAACCUGGCCUUUAAUAACCUAGAAGGAAUAGUCCCCUGUGGUGGUGUGUUUACAAAUCUCUCUAGAGUUCAAUUAGAAGGCAACCCAAAGCUUUCCUUGAAAAUUGGAUGUGGGAAUGCUCAAGAUCAUAGAAGAAAGCCUGUCAAAGUUUACGUAUCUGUUGGUGUUGCUGUCAUGGCAACAUUGGUAGUUUUCUUUUCUAUUGGUUCUUUGUUCUAUAUGAAAAGAAGGAGAAAGAUCCCUGACAGUUCCAACUUCAUAAAGGAGCAGCAUCAAAUGGUUUCAUACCACAAUCUCCGCCAAGCAACUGGGAAUUUUAAUGAGGAAAAUUUGAUUGGAAAUGGGAGCUUUGGGUCUGUGUACAAAGGGUGUCUUGGAGAUGGUUCUGUUGUAGCAAUCAAGGUACUUGACAUCAAACAGAUCGGAUUUCAGAAGAGCUUUCUUGCAGAGUGUGAGGCUUUAAGAAAUGUGAGGCAUCGGAAUCUUGUUAAGCUGAUUACAUCCUGCUCGAGUGUGGACUUGAAAAACAAAGAAUUUCUGGCUCUAGUUUACGAGUUCCUUGGUAAUGGGAGCCUGGAUGACUGGGUUAAAGGCAAGAGAAAGAAAGGAAAUGGAGAAGGCUUGAAUCUUGUGCAAAGAUUAAAUGUGGCUAUUGAUGUAGCCAGUGUAAUGGAUUACCUGCACCAUGACUGUGAAGUUCCUGUGGUGCAUUGUGAUCUGAAGCCUAGCAACAUUCUUCUGGAUGAAGACUUGACUGCCAAGGUAGGAGAUUUUGGACUGGCUAGGCUGCUGAUAGAGAAAGUGGGUGAUCAAACUUCAAUUAGUUCCACCCAUGUCCUGAAAGGUUCCGUAGGCUACAUACCUCCAGAGUAUGGGCUUGGAGUGAAACCAUCAACGGCCGGAGAUACAUACAGCUUUGGAGUGCUAUUGCUAGAGCUGUUUACAGGGAAGAGCCCUACAGAUGACACUUUGAUGGGUGAACAAAAUCUAGUUGGAUGGGUGCAAUCAGCUUUUCCUAGCAGGCUAUUGCAAGUUCUGGAUCCUGAGUUGCUACUGCUCAUGGAUAAUCUUUUCCAUGACGGUCGCAAUAUAAACCCAGAAGUUCAACAAGAAUGUGUGAUCACAAUUCUAGGGAUUGGAUUAUCUUGCACCAUGAACUCUCCUGACAGCCGCAUCAGCAUAAGAUAUGCUCUUCACAAGCUCAAAGCUGCAAGAAACAAUCUUCUUAAUCAUGUUCCUACUCAUCAAGCUUCCAAGUAUUGAAGUAUUUGUUAAGAUCAAUAGGUUUUCCUGUUGUGAAUGCUAGCAUGCUCAUGUCU